AUGUCUUUUAGAACGAUCAGGGUGUUUAUGUACAUUGCAGCAAUCGGAUUCAUCCCAGCAGCAGCCCUUGAUUCGCCGACGAGUUCUUGCAGAACAAACACAUGGGUGAUCGAAUCCAGCAAGGUCCGAAACCUCGAAAAUGUUCUCACUUUCAGUGCAUCUCCUACUUGCUCCAUCGGAAACGGUUCUCGAAUCGAGAUUGGGGGGUUGAACCUUAAACAUAUGCCGACUUCUACCUUGCAGGUUGAGGGCAUUUCCAGUGCUUACUUUGAAAAAACUUCAAUGAGUUGGAACGCCUCAACGUCGAUGCUGGUUGGCUCGCUAACUCAACAGAUACAAGCUACAUGCGGUUUUAGCUUCUCACUGAAACUGCGCAAUCCUCCAAAUUAUCAACCUCAGCUGAACCCUCUUACAAUCAACGUUAUUCCGCCUACGGGGAGUCCUUGGGGCCCUGAAAUGAUCUAUGAAGAUCCUGCCCUUUCGUAUACGGCAGUCGUUUUGACAGCAAUGGAGCCUAACUCCUUUAUCAUUAGGAACACGUGGGAGCUUUCUCGCUUCAGCGGCGAAGUCAACGAGAUUCAUUUUGUGUUGAAGCCGGACUACUAUGUCCCAAUUGGGAGUGUUAUCACCAUAUCGGGCUUGAAGGGAACAGAUAGUCGGAUGCAUCAGAGUCCAACGAGCUUCUGGUACAACACAACCGUGAGCGAUCCAACAACAUGUCAAUCCGCCGCAGGGCGAUGGGUUGCAUCAGCCAUGAAAUGCCAAAUGGAGCUAUAUGGACCUGCGUCUACCACCUUCCUCAACAAAUCAUCCUUCUGGUCGAACGAAGGACAGCUUUUCCUCACUUGCUCUACUCCCGCAACGGGGGCGUUGAAAUGGAACACCUCUGACAACUGUAUGGAUGCCGCGUUUGAGUAUCACUUUUACAUCAAAGUUCAGAACGCAGCCACUGCGUCGUCUGGGGUUAUUCCGUUGAUCGCAGCUACUUCGGAUUCUAUCAUCUACGAUCUGCAAAACAUGAUUAUCGACAAGCAAAAUUACUAUCCGUCGAUACUGAGCUCAUCUUUGAAGCUUGCCUUGAGCGGUGAAGUGAGUGAAGACAACGCCAUAGUCAAUGCAGACAACCUGCUUCAAUUCUCCUUCAUUCUCAAUCACAAGCUCGGAAAGUCUUCUACAAUAGAGAUACAUGGUCUAACGGGAUCCCAGUCGGCAGACGGGACUCUUGCUGUAACGGGGGAUAGCAGCAGCAUGCUUUUGAACGGCGGGGGCGCAUGGUCGUCCAGCUAUGGCACCUUCUCAGCCUCUCUACAAGAAGACAUCAGUGCAAACACACGAGUGAAGUUCGGUUUCUCACUCAAGAACGCAGAGUAUCGCAUUCUUCCGCGCACUGCUUUCUUUAUAGCUCGAGGCAGCGUCUACAUUCCUUCCACUCCCUUGGUCGGGACUGUGUUGGGAUCAGGUCAGGUCAUCACAUGGAACUCUUGGGAGAUCACAAUGAGCAACGCGAUCUUGAAUGCAAAGAACAUAGUUCGAGUUCGCCUCUUACCCACCGUCAGCCUGACCGCGGGCAGCGUUCUGAUUAUCACUGGGAUGAUGAAUCGAUAUCAAUCGUCUUCGGCCCUCUUCUCCGUUUCCAGUCUGGACCCGUCAGUCUUCGAGGGCUGGACUCUCGAGUCAAACGCAGUCAAACUUCGCGUCAACGGUUCUCUCUCUCAGUACUGCAUGACAGAGUUCAAUCUCGAGUUCAUCAACGGCAACGAGUCGUCCGUCUUUGACACGUACACCUUCAGCUCCUCAGGAACUCGAUCGGCAGUCGCAACGCCUCUCCCCUUCAGGAACGCUCCUUCAUCUUGGGAGGCACCGGCGUUUACAACCCGCACCAUAUCGGAUAACGUUACCUCGGCUCUGACAGUCAACUUCAUCACUGUACAAUUGCAAACUAACGUUGAGCUGCCUCCUGGUACAAUCCUGACCAUCUCAGGGCUUUUCAACUCAACUACUCCAUCCACUAAGUCGCUGCCUCUGACUGGCAAUUCGUCUGCAGUGUUCAGCGGGACGGGGGACUGGAGCCAAGAGGAGGGGACUCUGAUUAUCAAGAAGAAGUCAGGAACGACAUAUGAUAAGGACCCUAUCUAUCUCUCGUUCCAGCUUCUCAAUCCGAGCCAGUAUGACCCUGGCAAGCAGAUUUACAUCUCACUAUCGUACUCAUGCUCGAGUGGCACUUGCCCAUACCCGGCGCUGACCAUCCUGCCCCAGCUCAUGUUUGGCUCGGUCCUGCAAUCUGUCGAUGCUCCUCGCUUCUUGACCAACACUGUAACGGAGACGAGCAAAGCAAGAGGCUUGUUGAACAUCGUGACCUUUCAGCUGAUCUCAACUGCUGCUAUCAGCCAGGGAGCACAGCUCAAAAUCUCGUUCCUGAAGAGCCUUCAGCAGAGUAAUCUAGAUCUCUUGGUUGCGGGAUCUUCUUUCCUCGCCAACACUUCCAUGAACUUCACCACCGGUGAGUUCAUUGCUCGUUUCAGCCAGGCCAUGGCUUCAAAGGCGUCGAUCUCCAUCUCCUUCAGGCUCAGAAACAGCGAGACAAGCUCCUCGGCUGUCUCGCCCACCAUCGCGAUCACUGACGGCAGCACAACUUUGGGCCCCCUUGCUUGCAGUGGAGAGGUUUUGAGCGCAAGCGAUGAUUUCACGGUCUCUUCCAAGAUUGUCGAGAGCACGGAAAUUGCAAGUGCAGCAAAUUCCCUCUACCUGUCACUGAAGCCCAACCACGAGAUCCCGGUAGAUAGCCUUCUUACCAUUGUAGGGCUGUCAAACGUAGCGCCGGGGUCGGUGUCAAGUUCAAGUUUCGUCUCGAAGGUUUCAUGGAUCGGAGGAACACUCACGUUGAAAGCAGUCAUGGCGAUUGGUAACGGUUGCAACCUGAUGCUCCGCCUGGAUGUCACCAACCCUUCCAACCCUGCACUGCGGACAAACAUCGAGGCGAGAGUCAGCGGUACAGCCCUGUCAUGGUGCGGCCUCGGUAACUCUACCAACCUUGGCGUCAUCGCAAGCAACGAGACGAGCACGACCAAGUGCCUCUACGUCAGCGGGGACUCGUGUGCUGGUCAAGAUGGCACAGGUCAGUGUUGGUUCCCGUCCAAGAGCUCCGAUCGAUCCGCGUUGCAAGUGUCGAGCAACCCUGAUGGGGUUCUUCUCGCUAACUCCACCAACGUCUUCCUCAAGUACGAGUGUGCGGAAUCGAAUCAGAUCAACGGCAACACAAACCCGAUAACCUUCCGUGUUGUUCCCAAGAACGCAGUUACGUCAGCUCUGAUCAAGAUCACUGGGCUGGACAAUCUCGACCCUGCGAAGCCAACAGUGACUAUUGGGGCAACUAGUAUCAAUCCCAUGACUUGGGAUAAUUCUGCUGGAGUUUUGGAGUUCACCGGGAGUUUGGUGAUUGGGAUAAACACGAUUGUUGUCACGUUCAAGAAUCCUUCAUGUCCUUGCUACAUGUAUGAGGAUUAUCCUUGUACGACUUUCGAGUUUGUCAAUGUUUCGAACUCCAGCGCUGGUACCAAUGUGUCUGUAACAAGAACUUGUCAGCGGCUCGUUCCUGUCCCCGCAAGAAAACCUUCGAUUAGCAUUGGGGGUUCUUCUUAUCCGAUCGCAGCCACUCAAUUCUCCUGCUCGAUACUCACUGCAGGUAUCAACGCGUCAUGGAACAUCAAGACGAUGGAAGCAAGGAGUGCUGUUGGAACUUUGGACAACCAAGUUGUGUUUACUCUUUCGUCGACAGGGGACAUUUCGGCUGGAGAGGUCUUCUUUAUCAAUGGACUGUAUGGCGAUGGGACUGUGACUUCUGUCAAUACAGACAGGGUGACGAUCAAUAGUUGGAAUCUGACAGAGGGGUGGAUGAAGUUGUCUCUGGUGCAGAAACUCAUCGGUAACGCAACUUUGUCCUUCUCCCUCUGCUUCUUUCAGACUUUCAGAAUCAAGUCUGCUCCCUUCACAAUCUCAACAUCUCGACUUUUUCCUGUCCCGGAAAACUUCACAUUGAUCGGCAGCCUUGCCGACCAGACUGUGUCCGACGUUUAUUUCCUCGUUGCAGAAGUGGUUCAGAGCUCGCAGAUCAAAGGAGUUGAGAAUGAAGUGACAAUUGUUUUGCAACCAUCUUACAAUUUGCCUUCACAAUCAACAAUUUUCCUGUCUGGUUUCGCGAUCAGUCCGCAAACAUUCUCGCUGUACGAUUUCAGCUCAAACAUCUUUCCGAGCUCUGCCGUGAUAUCACAGGGAACCAUGAGAAUCGAUCUCACUGCUCCCAUGCCCUCCACCUGCCUGUCACGUUUCAAGUUCCGCAUGACCAACCCCAGCAGUGACAUCUCUCCUCUAGCCUCCCUCAACGUCUUCGCGACCCUUUCCAGUGUUGGCUGCACGUGCUGCAACGGUCUUCCUAGAAACACCUCCACACAGCAGGUUCAAGUCCCCCAGACCCAACUUUCCGCCGUCUCCUGGACUAGCGGGACCAUCAUCUCCGAGUCUACACGCGUAAUAACGGAGAUGAACAGGCUAUCUCUUACCAUGGUUGCCAACAGCGACCUCCUACCGGACACGAGGAUUACUCUCUCUGGGUUACAGAACUUUGCAUCGCCUUCAAGUGACUGCCUGCCCUUGUCUUCUGCGCAUGCCAAGCUGUUCAACCAAUCUUGCGCCUCGUGGAACCAGGAUCAGGGCAGUCUGAUUAUCCUGGUAGCUCCUAACAUCACACUCAAGGCAAACGUGCCCGUCAUUGUCUCUUUCGAUCUGAGGAACGGAAACCCUUACCCCCCGAUCGCCAACGUCUACCUGGAAGCAUCUUCGAGCUCAGCUGCUUCAACCAUCCCCAAGGCGAAGGUCACUGUUCAAGAUAUCCCUCAAUCUCUGUCAGUUCAGACCAGCCCUGCAGUCCUUGCCGCCUGGAUCUUCUCCUCCUCUGGGACCGUUGGGGACUCGUUCGACGUCACCAUCUUCUUCCAGACAAACGUUCGCAUUGCCGCCGGGAGCCUCGUCCAAGUCUCAGGCCUCAACAUCCGGACGUCUCCCAACUCGUCGUUUCCUAUCCUUGGGAACUUCAGAAGUUACUUUGUGAACGGCAGCGGCACGUACGUGAACGGGCUGAUGAUAGCGGAGGUGGCGAGUGGUAUGGAGAUUCUCCCAGGAAUGACGGUGCUCCUAGAGGUGCCGUCGUACAACUCAGCCCAACUGCAAACUGCUUCCAUCUUCAUCAUCAGGCCAACAGAAACUUUGUUCUCCAACAUUUCCUUCACUAUGAUCACAAAGGACGCUGUCCCCCUCCAACUGAAUCGAGCUUGUAUGCUCCCCAUGUUCAACCUCUCUGUCUCUGAGAGCAGCCUUGUUCUCGGCGCGAGGAACCGGCUUGUCUUCAAUUUCAGCUCCACCCUCACGAUACUCCCUGGCACCAAGAUCAACAUCACUACCCUCCUGGGGUCUCCCUCAACAGGAUCUCUUUCUGUCUUUGGGGACUUUUCUCAAUUCGUUCGUGUUGCGUCAUAUGAUCCUUGUGCGGGAGUAAUCACUGCUGUGGUGAACACAACCAUCGACGCGUACCUCCACUUCUCCUUUGGAUUCGUUCUGCUCAACUCAAAGUUUCCUCAGCGGCCCGUCAAUGUCACCGUGGGCAUAGAAGGAUUUCCACUUGUCAUCUCCAACACGUCAGUCUUUGGGCCAUCCCUCGCUCCUCUGAUCAUAGUCCGAAACAUCUCGUCAGAUUCAACUUUCAGGGGCUGCGCUUCAAAUUUAGCUGUCAAGUUUGCAGCAAACUUUGAAGUGGCCGCCGGCUCCAAGAUAAUCAUCUCAGGCCUUGACACUGCACUAGAGAAGCAAGACUUGACUCUGACCGUCACUGAACUCAGCACAAGUCACCUGCAACCGCUGUCCUCCUACUCCUGGCGGAGCGCGCAAGUCACCUUCACCGUGCAGGCGGACAUUCCUCAGAACAAGCUCCUGACCUUCUCCUUCCAGCUCACCAACUCUCUUGCUUCUGAUCGCGUGCUCGCUCCCAUGAUCUCCCUGGAUGGCAACCCUGCAGUAGCUCCUGUCCCCAUGAUAGGAGAAGGACCGAUCCUCAUGGGAACUACCGAUCCCUACUGGAACCUGGCAACCAUUUCCAGGACCAACAGGCUGCAAGGAGAGGUGACUUUGUUCAGGAUCUCUCUGUCUCCUACCUGUCCGGUGCCGGCGGGGACGAUGAUCACCAUCGAUGGGUUGAGGGGCUUUCAGAUGAGCCAGCAGGUCAGGAUGCAGCAAGAUUCAUCCCCAGUGGAUGGCGUGUGGAGCUCCUGCGAUGGCAGACUCCUCUUUCCCACAAGCUCCCUCAUCCUCGCAGGCACAACCUCCGUCUUCAACUUCUCCACGAGGAAUUUCUUCGCCAACCAAAGUCAGAGCGCUCAGGUCUACGUCACAGCCACCAAGGGCAGCCUCCAGCUCCCCAAGCAAGCUGUCGCAACUCCAGCCACAUUCUCCACCUCCGUCUCUCCGACGUGGGUCGAGCUGACUAUCACAGAACAAGUUCGCGUCGCAUCGCAGAAGAACGUCUUGACCUUCACCAUCAGACCAAGUGUGAAUCUGCCGAGUGGUUCCAACAUCACCAUCUCCGGGUUGAUAGGGACGCAGUCGGACGACAGCGAUUCUUUUCCCCUCUACGGCCUCAACGCCUCCCUCUUCCCUGCCUCCUCCGCCACGUGGAGGAGAGCCCAGGGUAUCCUGGCCCUGACCACCACAGGAGUUCUACCUGGCUGCAGCGACUCCUCCUGCUCCUCCAUAACCUUCAGCGUGAGGCUCGUGAACCCCAAGGACAAGCAGCUGAUCGCAAGCCCCCUCAUCUCCGCCUCCUCCUCCAUCCCAGGGCUCUCGAUCCUCCCCACUUCCAUGCUCGGCAUCGUCUUGCGGAGCGAUCAGGAGCUCAAGAGCAACAUCGUCGUGGCUGCCUCCUCCACGGUCCCUCUUGCCGUCGGCUCGUUAGAUUUCACCAUCGGGCCUCUUCCUGCCGAUCUGCUUGCUGGGUCCUCAGUCGUGGUAGGGGGGCUAACAGCGUUUUUCCUCAACGGGGGGCUGGACGGCAACGUCGUGCUGACAGGAUCCGAGGCCCAGAAGCUGGCGAGUAGCGGAACAGCUCAGAGGGCGUCAUGGAGCAGCUGCGAUGGAUCGCUGACCAUGACGCUGGUGGAGGACGUCGGCCCGAACGUUGGGACUCCCACCCUUCACUUUUCCGUUGCGGUGACCAACCCCUCCGUCUGCACCUUGAUGGACCCGGUCACCCUGAGCAUACAAGGAUGGAAGUCGACGACAACUACUCUUUCUGCUGCUUGUGAGGCCACAGCAUGGAAAACUGUAACGAUCCUUGAUAGCAGCCAGGGCCUGCCAACCACCGCAGACUGGAAGCAGCAAACAGGAACCCUGACCGUCACCAUCACCGGUAACGGACUCUCUCCCGACACCGCCUCCGCCUUCUCCGUCACCUUGUCAAACAGCGCGAUCGCAGCAGAAGGUGUUUCAUUCGUGGAUCUUGAAGUCAACAAGUGCAGCACUGCAGGUUGCGUCAGCUUGCCAUUCAGCCGCAUCAAGUUCUCCAAGCCCAUCCUCGCAGCCACGUUGCGUCCUGCCUUCACGUCCAUGACGAUCAAGGAGGAUUUUGCAGGGCAGAAGCAGAUUAACUCUAUCCUGGUCUCCCUCAGUAGCAACUGCAACAUCCCUGCCGGGUCGGUCGUCACCAUCGGGGGGCUACUGCACUCACAGACUCCGAGUUCCUCUAACUUCUCCUCCAUCAUCAACGGGGUUCUCACCUACGGAGGGGUCUGGAACCAGUGCUCGGGCGAGCUGACCUACACUCUAGGGGACAUGUGGACCAGCAACGUCGUGAUGACAUUCGUCAUCAACUUGGUGAACAGCGACAGAAGCCACCCUGAGCUCCUCCCGCAGUUCGCACAGGCCACUCACAGCAGAGGCUUCUUUCUCCCCAGCACUCGCUUCCCGAACUCCCCAGUCGGUCGCUCCCUCCUGCCCGUCAGGUUUCAAGUAGCCUCGAUCACCGAGUCGACAUCUGUGCAAGGAGCUUACAAUUUCAUAACCCUCCUCCUCCAGCCGACGCUCAGCCUCCCUGGAGGCACCUCGAUCACUGUCGACGGCCUGCGCGGCUCGCUGACUCCGGACAACGCCAACCUGCCCCUGACGGGUAACGCUGCAGGCUUCUUCUCCAACGUCGGGAAUUUCUCCCGUGACCUGGGAAGGCUCAUCUUCACAGCUGCUUCCCAGAUCACAUUCCUCUACCCCUCGCAGGUCAUCGUCGUCCUCAGGAAUUCCUUCACUCCCCGCCCUACCAUCGUCGCCUACGUCAGCACCGAGAUCAUCCCUCCCACUCAGCUGCUGCUGCCAACAGGCUCUCCAGCUGCACUGCUGACAGCUUCCAGCUCACCUAAGGUGGAGGUGCAGAUGAAUCAGUCGACGAGGCUCGCAGGGCACUGGAACAACAUCACGCUCUCCUUCAAGAUCAACGCGCAGACCGUGAACCAGGGAACAGUCUUCAUCGAGAACUUUCCUCCCAAUCAGCUCCCGUUCUCUCAGAGGGAGAUCCAGCUCUUCGGGCCGGACAGCUUCCGGUUCUACAAGAUGACGCGGGACCACUGUUCGGGCAAGGCCUACCUCUCCACCACUCUGAUCCCUCAGGACACAUGGGUCACCGUCAUGUUCACUAUCCUCAACCCCAGGGAGCUCUCCUACCGCCCUUGGUGUCCAGCCACGAGGAAGCAGUGCACGCAGGUUACAGUCCUUGGCCACAUCACUCCUCUCAUCUUCGGCCCUGAGCUCGUCCAACCCGACUUCUUCUCUUCUAUCGAGCCAGUGCUCUUCACCAGCACUCUCAUCUCGCAGUCGACUGCCAUCCAAGGCUCCCCCAACAACGUCUCCCUCCUCCUCAAGACCAACGGCAUCCUUCCCCCGGGCACGAGGAUCACCGUCCAGGGGCUCGUGGGCUCCUUGACGCCAGACGGCAUCCUCUCGGUCAGCGGAAGCUCUGCCUCCCUCGUCGGCUCUCGAUGCGAGUGGUACAACAGAGGAGAUGUCAUCUUCACCCUCGUCCGCUCCUGGGAGUCCCCAGCUGAGCUGAGCGUCACCCUCACCCUGCAGAACCCCAGCAGGACCCAGCAGGCGGCAGUUCCAUACGUCAGCGCCACCUCCCUCUACUUCGAGGUGGGAAGGAGUCUGGUAGGAGGGAAGGUUCUGUAUGUGGAGCUUGACAAGCCUGACUUCUUCUUCCUCCUCCCGUUGGACUUCUCGAGGGACUUUGUGCUCAACCUCACGCUGCAGUUCAGCAGACCGUCCAAGGCAGUUUGCGUCUACCAGCUGGCCUCUGCUGUCCCUCCGACCCUCGAGUCUCUCAAGGGGACUGGAGCUCCCGUCAUCGACUAUCGAUACGCCAAGAACACGUUGAAGGCCGGCAUCAGCAACGCUCCUCGUCUUGCCGACGGGAACAUCAGCUCGUACAUCCUGCUGGGCCCUCUGCCGGCAGCGGCCAACCUGACGGUCUACUGCUACGCCGAAGACUUCGCUGAGAUCCCCAACUCCUUGGACCUUCGUGACGUGAUCGCGCACAGGCUGAACUUCAUCGUCCCCUCCUACUAUCAACCUUCGACGGGGGCUCGAACACGAGAGCAUGCCUGGAUCUUGACGCUUGCCAGUAUUUGCUGUCUACUUCUCUUGCAGGGAGGGCUCCGCAAGGACAGCAUGUAG